AUUUAAAUUAGACACUUUUUCUUCAGAAAGAUUGCAACAGAAAAAUUGACAAUAAGCUAAGUAAAAUAUGAUAAGAGACAUAGAGAGGCAGACACACCUCAUGGAGGGUCAAGCUUAAUAAGGUGAUUCUCCAUUGGGUGCAUCUGAGAAUCUCCAUAGAGGACAUGGCAUUGAAGAUAGCCCCUAAAAUAUGGGGUAGAAUGGGAUAUUGACAGGUAGAAGAUACAGUAUGAACAAAGGCCCUAAGGUGGGAAAACUCAGGAGUAUGUUUCACUGGUGGGUGGUCAUGUCCCCAAACCCUUAUUAUUGUUAUUCAUAUUUCAUUCAUUUUUUUCCUUCCAAAGUACAAAAGCAGAGAUUGCAUAAAUAAUUAUUAGCUUGAAUCCACUAAGAAGAUAAGUGUAUAUUUGCACAGUUAUGUCCAUUGCAGCAUUAUUCACAAUAACCAAGAGGUAGAAACAAUCUAAAUGGCCAUCAAUGGAUGAAUGAAUAAGGAAAUUGUGGCAUACACGUAAUGGGAUAUUCUGCAGUCUAAAGAGAAGAAAAUUCCAUCAGAUGUACAAUAUGGAUGAACUUUGAGGACAUUAGGCUAAAUGAAAUAAACUGAUCACAAAAACAAAGAUACUGAAUGAAUCCACUUCACUGAGGUAUCUAAAGUAAUUAAACUCAUAGAAACUGAAAGUAGAAUGGAGUGCCGGGGUAGAGAGGAGAUAGAAAAGAAGAAAAAUGGUUGAGAGAGCUAUUGUACAAUAACAUGCAUAUAGUUAACACUAUUGUGCUCCAUUCUUUAAAAUAGUUAAGAUGGUAAAUUUUAUGCUAUGUGUUUUUUUUAAACCACAAUUUAAAAAAAAAAGAAAAGAAAAAAUGUGACUGUGCCCAUACUCCUUCGAUUGUAAUUAAAUCUAACCCAAAUAGCUUAAUCAAACAAAGGAGAAUUUAUUGGUUCAGAGAACCUAACGUAGGGUAAGGAUACUGCAGAGCCUUAAAGAAAACUACCAAUGAGGGACUCUAAAAAGCCCCUAGCUGUUGCUCUUUGCCUCCUGACUAAUUUUAUUUCUCUCUGCAAAUGUACUUUCUCUACGGGCUGAUGGUAGCUCCCAGGUUUUACACGUUGGUCUUUCUGCCAUAGAAAGAAUGCCUGAUGUUCUCCCUCUGAGUUAAAAACAUUGAGAAGAGUUAUAAGUAGCCCAGUCAGCCUCUGGACCAACUGAUGACAGGAUCUUAUAAGAAGAUAUUAUAGAUCUUAUAAGAACUUGUCAGUGCAACUGUCUCCAGCUGUACCUACUGAGAGAGAGAGAUUGAGGUGAUGUGAAAAGUGGCAUGUGUAAAGCUGGGCUGCUGGGUUCUCCCCACCAUGGUUUCUCAGGAAUUUACUGACAGAAAAUGGCAGAAAAAAUCUUAGAGAAGUUAGAUAUUCUGGAUGAGCAGGCAAAGAUACUCUUGGCCAGAAGAGCAAAGACAAACACGCUUCAGAGUCAAGGAAAGAAAAAUACUUCAGUUACACCCCUGACGUUUGACUUUCAGUUAGAAUUUGAAGAGGAUAUUGUUCCAUUCAUAUCUAAGAAAGUACCCAAGAUCACAGGAGACAAUUUAUACAGUAUUAAAAAAGGGAAAAGGUAUGUCUUCUUCAAAAAUGAACCUGAACCUAGAAAGAGUGAUUUCAAAAAGUUAAAUUUAAGAUCACACUUUAUACCAACAAAUAUAAAAAAUCAAGAAAAGCCUGUGAAAGAAAAUCUGAAAUCAAGAUCAUUUAGACCUUUCCUUUAUCUUAAGGAUACAGCUGAGAAUACACAACCAUGUAGAAGAACACUGGGUCCUACAGUCAUUUCUCCUGUACGCAGGAUUCAAUCCAAAGCUUAUAAGAAGGAAAAAGACUCUACUUUAUUUGCAGCUCAAACUGAAAAAAAUCCUGGGGAAUCAUUUGAUCUGGCUGGUCACUCAGAAGAUUAUGUCAGUAAAAGAAGAAAAUCUGCCCCACAGAUGGAUGAUUUUAGCACAGAAGAAAACAAAACCAUCAAAAAUUAUCAAUUAAGUGAUUACUGUUCUAUAAGAAAGAAAAGCUUGCUUCCCUUGUGCUUUGAGGAUGAGCUGAAAAAGCCAAAUGCCAAGAUAAUCAACACUAGUCCACCAAAGACAGUAACUUCUCAUGUGGAACAAAAUGACACAAAUCCCAUAAUUUUCCAUGAGACUGGAUAUGUACAAAUGUUACUUUUGACAAAAAAUAGGCUUCCUCUCCAUUGUAUGGAAAAGGAAAACAUUUACCCAUAUAAGAGAGCAGAUUUUGUUUUAGAAAGAAAUUAUGAAAUCCUCAAAUCUUUAAUUAGUGAUCAAUUUAUUAUAUCUUCCAAACCUAAAAGAAUUAUGCCUACAACAUGGAAAAGAGAUAUACAAGCAAUAUCUUUUGAAGUGGGCCGUAGAGUUGUAGAGGGUAAACUAAGGAAGAAAACUAAUAAGCAGACACUUGAAAACAUAUCCUGGAGUAAACUCUAUAAUUUCUCACAGACUUUUUCCAGCCUAACAAAAAAAUUUGUUGGCUUCUUUGAUGGAAGUGUUAUUCAAGAAAUGAGUGCUAGACAUGGCAACUUUGAAAGAAUGUUUUCUACAAUAAAACCAAGGAGCAAAUUCAGUGCCUCACCUGUCAAACAUCGCUCAAAGCCUUUAAAAAAUAUACUCGAAGUCCAUAAAUUAAAUAAUGUAACACCAAUGGAUGAUUUGUUAAACUAGUGAAAUGAAAAUUACACACCUCAAAAAAUAUUAUAUAGAGCAAUAUUUAAGUAACAAAAAGCAAAUAACGAAGUUCCAAGAUCAUUGACGAAACUCUUACCAAAAUAAUGUGUGAACGGAUGGUGUAAGAAAGCAAAACAUUGACAUUGGAACUACAAGCCAACAGUCUUCUGUUCAAGAAAAGCCAACAUUUUUAGUAAAUAAAAGGACAAAAUUAGGAAAUAAUUAUCAACAAGAAAAACUAGUUCAUGAAUUUUUAUGAUCUAAAUUAGAUUCCUCAAUCGUCAGCAUUUCUAUGGUCAAGUCUCAUUUGGGACCAAGAAUGACACAGACUGUUUCUGGAAAUUGGCUGUUUGAAGACAAAUAACACCAAUAACCUUUCUUAAUAAUUGGGUAUCAGAUAAGACAAAUGUACCAUUAACUUGAUGCAUGUGGAAUUAAUUAUAUAUCAGCAUUUUGGAUAAUCAUUGGAAAAUAGUAUUACAUUAGCAAUUCAUGCAAUUUUUAAAAAAACAGUAAAAUUUAAAAUAACUUUUUGUUAGUUGA